CGUCAUUUCAACAUGGCUGAACUGGAUGUUGGAAAACAAUGCGAUAUUGAAUCAUGCAAACAAAAAGAUUUUCUACCCUUCGUAUGUAGCAGCUGUUCUGGAGUAUUUUGGUAAGAUUUGUUGUAAUUGUUUUCUAUGUAGGUUUACAAAUAGGGUCAAGGCAAGCAGAAACUUCAUGUCAGUAAAUGUCAGUACAAUUUAACAACUCUGUAGAACACAGAGCCAGAGACACCCACUGCUGUCCCGAGGUGCCGGUGAAAAGAGAGAUCUCUGGGUCUGGAGGAAGCAAAUCACAUCCAUGCAGCUUUGAGGAUUGCAAAGCAAGAGAGCUACUUCCUGUUAUCUGCCCACACUGUGAAAAACACUUCUGCCUUGGGCAUCGUCAUCAAGAUGACCAUAAGUGUGAGAAGCUGGAGACACCAAAGCCUCGCAUGGCUGCAACACAGGAGCUGGUGCAGAAGAUAGUGGACUCAAAAAAAAAUGCACCAGCAAGUAAAGGCAGAAAAGGAGCGAAAAACGCUGCAACGGCCGCAAAAGUUGCAUUGAUGAAGCUUAAGAUGCAUGCCUCAGGAGAUAAAGGCCUACCACAGACAGAAAGGACCUAUUUCCAGGUGUUUCUGCCCAAAGAGGCUAAAGACUUAAGCUUGCCAAUGUUCUUCAGUUCCAAAUGGAGUUCCGGCAAAGUGGUGGAUUUCGCUGCAUCUCAGGCCGGUCUGAAGAACAACAAUAAUGUACUCACAGCUAAGAAACUUCGUCUUUGUCACCCUGAGACGGGCGAAGCUUUUAAGAUGGACGCAUGCCUCCAAUCACUUCUGUCUCAUGCCGAACAUCCUCUGCACAAUGGCGGCAACGUCAUUCUGGAGUAUUUGGACAAUGAGAGCUCUAGACUCGAUGACAUCACAGACUAUAUUCCAUCUGUAUGAUAGAAACGCUCAGAAGAGUUUUAUCAUUAACAGAUGCUUGUGGUGUAAAGAUCAUUGUAUUGUUGACCGAAAACAUGAGUAUUUAAACAAAUACUUGCAAGGACUUUGUCUAUUUUAAAACGAAAGUCAUUGUAAACGUUUCACAUUUUUUCAACUGUAGUGGAGCAGAAUAAAAGCACAGAUCUAAGAAUAACCAGAAAGUUGGAUGGUUCUAAGAAACACCCUAUUACUAUAAGUCUUACAGAACAUGCUCACGCUGCUGUCAGGCAGAAAUUAUGUACUUAUUUAUCCUUCACUCGCCAUCGAAAGAGCCAUUAGGCAUGAUUUGAAUCAUUGAUGUAUCCCCUAAUUGCCUCAAAUACCUGCAGGUGGGCACAAACAGUUUUUCUCAUGCUUUGCUCUUAGUUUGUUGCAAUAGCUGUACAUAUUUCAGAAAAAAGACAGGUUUCUAAAUGCAAAUUUUCUUUAUUAUUUAGAAACUUGUUUGUUCACUUGAAAUAGUAAACGACAUGUUCUGAAACCUCAAGGAAAAUGUUACAAAUGUAUGCUGACAUAAAGAAAUCAUAUAGCUUUGUAAACAAAA